CCGAAUAGGGUUAAACAAGUUGUCCAUAAACGCUAUCAAAGUGUCUAUUCCAUCUUCUUUAUUCAAAUCAGCAAUACUAAUCUCACUGAACACUUUAUCUCUUACUUGUGUUGAAUCUUCUUCUGGUAAAGAUAAGGCCACUGCGAUGCCUUGCUUCUGCUUCUCUAAAUCUGUUCAUAAUGUCCAUGCUUUCAAUUCAUCAACAUAGCGAUUAUAUGGUUUCUUGUCAUUAAAGACUGGGGGUAUCUUGUAAUUGUGACUCAUCCUCUGCUACCAUUGUUAACAUCAAUUUAUUUACUGAGAUAGAUAAAACCCCCAGUCAUACAACACAAUUAUAAACUAAUCUAAAAUAUAACAGUAGUCAACAUAGUAAACACCUACACGAUCAAUUGUUUAAUCAUAAUAGGUUACAAGAUCAAUUUUAGCAAUCUAUAUAUUUUGCGCGAACUCUUGUGAAAUUUUUUAAUUGCAGUAAUUAAGUGCUUUUUAGAUCGCAUUUUAAAAGUUUAUAAACAAAAAAGCGCUGAUAGAAAUGGUUUUUUAGAUCGCAUUUCAAAGUUUAAAAUCGAAAAGCGGCGAUAGUAAUGUUUUUUUAAGUCGCAUUUUAAUAGUUUAAAAAUGAAAAGCGGCGAUAGAAAUGUUUUUUAAGAUAACAUUUUAAAAGUUUAUAAACAAAAAGCGGCAUUUAAAAGUUGUGAGCAACAAUGCUUCUAAUAUGUUUUUUUAAAUUAAACCCACUGGAAUCUUUUUUGGAAUUAAAUCAACAAUACAUUCUUGCGCAAUGUAUUAUAAAACUUUGCAAAAGAUUUUUAUUAUUUAAUUACUUCACUCUAAUACUUACGGGAAUAGCUUAUUAAUACAUUUACAUAAUGCAUCUUGUAUUACAAGAAAUAUAAUUGCUCCGAUAUUUCUUCGCGAGCGCAUUGUUUUUAACACGCAAAUAUAAACUCGCAAAACCCUUAAGGGAUUUAAUUAUAACAAAAGACAAAUGACUGCCGUCCUCCACACAAUGGUGUGAUAUUGAAUUCUGAAAAUCUUUUAAGGCAUAUUUCUGGGAACAUUUUUCAACUAAAGUUUUGGGUUAGUUUUUCAAUUUUGAUUCUGAUGAAUUUAUCUGAUGGUAGAUAAUUGCCAGAUAAAGCAAAGAACAAAGAAGCACACAAGGGAAUGUUACAGUUUAUUUCACAUACUGUGGACAAAUUCUUUAAUCAAAUAUAUCAUGGAGAACCUUUGCGCAGGAAACAUAGAAGUGACUUAGAUGAAGCAAUAUUGGAGGAAGAAGUUUUAUUUUGCAAGAACAAUGUCUGUGUUCACACUCCUUCUCUCUUGACAAAAGAUGAACAACAUUCUCCAGGAUAUCUAUGCUUGAAGAAGAUUUACAGAACAGAUGUUGAAAUAUCUGACUUGAUGCUUAAUUGGAUACCAAAUGCUUUACUGGCUGCUGGAAGUACAGACGAAGCUGAGCUGAUGACAGUUCCACUAAAACCUAAAGCAGAUUUUCCUUUAGAAUUAAGAGAAGAGAAAGAAGGCAGUGUUGAUGUAGUUAGUACUGAAGUAGCAGGCAAAAAUUCUCCACCACAUGCUCUUCAUAACCCAGAUAACAGGGUGAAUUUAUUACACUCAUCAAACUAUCAAAUAAGGAAUUUUGAACCACCAUUAGGAGGUGUUUUUAGCAUUAAUAUCAGAGAUAUGAAAACAAUAAAAUUGUUUUAUACAAAUAGUGGAAAAGAUUCUGGACAAUUUGUUAUUGGUAGUUCAGAAAAUCAAUACAAGGUCUUUCACUUCCAUAGCAAUGGACUGUUAAAACUGACAGAAAUUUUGGAUAACUGGAAUGGCUGUGUAAUGGACAAAGAUUUAUUGGCAUACGAAGUUAGUCAACAAGUUUACUAUGUCAGUGCUGAAGAGCAACCAGUUAGUGAAAAUUGGCCUGAAAUGCAUCCGGAGGAAGGCCGGUAUAAACCCAUGAAUAUGAUCAAUUGGCUAAGUUAUGUUAAUCGGUUGGGACAAAUAGAAGAUGUAUAUAAUUUUAAAAAGCAUGUGUUCUUUGGCAGUUUAAGCCAAGAAGUUCGACCAGAUGCUUGGAAAUUUUUAAUGUACUAUUAUCCAAUGCAUUCAACUGAAAAAGAGCGUGCGGUAAUAAAAUUGGAAAAAGCAAAGUCUUAUGAAGUUAUCCACACAAAAAGGUUGUCAUUGAAAGGUGAAGAGUAUGAAAACUUUUGGAAACUAUCACAGUUUACAGUUGAUAAAGAUGUUGUUCGAACUGAUAGAGCUCAUCCCUAUUAUGCUGGGCAGGACAAUCCAAACAUUCAGAAAAUGAGGAACAUACUUUUGAAUUAUGCUGUCUACAAUCCCGUUAUGGGAUAUACACAAGGCAUGUCUGAUUUAAUUGCACCGCUUCUUGCUACCCUCCAUGAUGAAGUAGACUCAUUCUGGUGCUUUGUUGGAUUGAUGGAGAGUAGCAUGUUCGCUACCUCACCCAAGGACGAUUCUAUGGACAUGUCUUUGGGAUACCUUUGUGAAUUGUUACGCAUAAUGCUUCCAGAGUUUUACAUGCACUGCCUAUGUCAGGACAGUGAUUUGAGUAUGCUUUUUGCUCAUCGCUGGUUAGUGUUGUGCUUUAAAAGGGAGUUUAUCUAUCACGAAGUUCUCAAAAUAUGGGAAGCCUGUUGGUCAAGAUAUCAAACAGAUUAUUUCCACAUUUUUAUUUGUGUUGCUCUGGUUAGCCUAUAUGGAAACAUAUGUUUAGAGAAAAAACAGGGUGCAGACGAAAUGCUUCAAUACUUUACAGAUAUGGCAAUGAAAUUUGAUGGUUCUGCUGUUUUAAAAGAAGCCAGAGCUCUGCUAUAUAAAUUUCGACAGUUAAAUAGAAUACCUUGUACUUUACGUGGGUUACUCUCAGAUAAAGGAGUAUGGGAUGGUGGAAUUUUUCCUGAAAUAGAAUGUGCUAGUAGCCAUCAAAGGUGUUGUUUUGGAUACAGAAAGCAGUCUCCGGAUGAGGAAGAAUAAAGAGAUGAAAGUGAAACUGUUAAUCAGCAAUUAAAAAAAAUAUUUAGAGGAUCGUGAAUAACGGAAUAAAUUAUCAUCAACAGCAAUAUCGAAGUUUCAAUGCAAAAAUGGGAGAAACUAGCACUUUAUCACAGAAAAAUUAAAUAGUUAUAGGAAAAGUUGAAAAUAUUUUCUUAAACUAAACUUCCACUUCAUGAAGAACAUAAAAGAGGAAAUGCAACGAGUUCAAAUGAUUCAGAAAUUAAUGGUAAAAACAUUCAGUCAGUUGGCGUUCCUCUAAUGGAAAAGAACAAACAUGUCGCAUCCAAAGACAGCAAUGUUACAACAUAGUUGGUUAAAUUGAAUCUGACAACUUGAUACAUUACAACAUAUUUUCAAAAAAGCAAAUAUCUAUUACUGUUUCUAAAAAUUCCCCUAUCAUAUUUUUAAACAGGAAAUUUUAGAUUUGUACGUUCAGAUGCAAAUUUCAAUUCUCCAGUCAAAUAUACUCUUAUGUGUAAACUCCUGCUGUUCUGAAUUAAAGUCUCCUUGUGCUCCUUUGUAUUUUCUGUUAUUAUUAAAUGUAUUGAUUGACUUCUACUGUAUUAAAGAAAUGUAAGAUAUUUGUUAUUCUUCCUGAUAUUAAGUGAUUCUGAAAUAUAAAGCUUUUUCAGGACUUUCUUACGUACAAAUACACUUUGUAAGUCAUUUUUUAUAAACAAUAUUAUGUUCAUUGAUUUUGUGACAUCUUACAAUAUUUUUUCUAAAUUCUGAAAGUAUGUGUAUUUUUUUAUUUUUUUGUCAAGCCUUCCCUUCAGAACUUAAAAUGUGACCCUUGCUUAGGAAAAUCAAUACUCUCUAAAAGUCUAAAAACUUUCCAUAUGGAAUAUUUUGAAGUCCAAAUGCUAUUACAAAUGCUGCUUAUAAAGCUUAAAAUUUGAUAUAAUUUUGAUUUUACUUUAAUAAAAUUAUUUUUCCUGGAUAUUUACUUGAACUCAGUAGAAGUAACAUUUAGAGAGAUACGCGUAUAGUGGAAGUAAUGAUGUAUAAAUUUGUUCGUGAAAUGAGAGUUUUUGUGUCUUGGCUUUUAUCGUAAAUCUAAAACGGCAACAAAACAGUUAGCUAGCUACUGUAAAGUUACUAAUAUUAACUGUCAGUAUUUUUUUCUUUGCUAGAAAUUUGAUGUAUUUAUAAUAGAUGGGAAAGUAUAAUAUUCUACAAUAUUACAAGCAUUUAUUCAAAUGCAUAAAUAAGUAUAAACAUUAAGCAAAAGGGGCAUUUAAUUGGAUAUGUUUUAGUGUUUUCACAAAAAUUUAAUUUAACCACAAGUGAUUUUAAGCUGUUUAAUAGGUGCAGUGGCAGCUUAAAAUAUAUGACAAUUGUUUUGUUUUUCACUUCUAGUUUUUAACCAACAUUACCUCAACUAUGCUCUAGAGAAAUGUCAAACUUGUGGACACACAGAAGAUUUCAAAUUUGAAACUUUAGAUAAUUUAACAAAAAAUGAAGUUGCCUGGUAUGAAGGAGACUGGUACAAGUAAACUACAAUCAUGGACAAAAUUAAGGAACAAAGGCAUUAAAAAUUUCUAGGCUACUUCUCGACAGCUACAGCUGUCAUCAAUUAUUGCCUGUCGAUAACAGCUGUGGCUGUUAAAACAUAGGUUAGAAUAAACUCGCUUGUUCAUGACAUGAUAAUAUCUAUAUUAUCCAAGAAAACUAAAGUAAGAAGUUUUUUCGUCAUUUUAGAUCGCCUUAGGGCUAAGAAAAGCCUCCCCUGCCUAAUAUGAUAAUAUAAAGAUUUGUUUAAAAGUUUUUCUGUUAAAACGUUUUUAAGAACUACAGUGAAAAAAAAUUUAUAAUGUCUUUUUUGACUGUAGAUUCGCCAGCUGUUUGUUGCAAAUGGUUAGCCAAAUAGUUAGUUAAAUUGUUAUUUAAAUGGUUUUAACUGUACAUUUUCCAUUAUGUUGUGCAUUAAGUUGUAUUUCACAUAA